AUGAAAACUGAGAUGGACACUUCUAAAGGUUUUUACAAUUAUUAUAAAGGAAAAGAGGUAUCUGUAAACUACAUUUAUGGUAAACGGGUACAGCAUUUGACAAAACAGUAUUUUCCACAAAUAGAAACCAGAAGUGUUUACACAACUGAAAAUAAAAUUGGACGAGAAUUUAAGAUUAAAGACUCUAUUCCACACAAUUUACAAUCUCAGGUUGUCUACGGUACUACAUGCAAUUCUUGUUCAGAUCCAUUUAUUGGGAAGACGUUUCGUCAUUUCCAAACACGCUGUCAAGAACAUCUGAAUGAUAUUAAACAAGCAAAAUUAUCUAAUGUACCAAAAAUAACAUCUUCGGUAACAUCAUCGAUUGGUAAAGUCAUAAAACCAAGUGACACAAAAAAACCAACAGUAUUAAAUGAAAAUAGGAAAGCGGAUACAUCUGCUCAACAUUAUGCUACUCAACGUUCGUCCCGAAGUCAGUCAACAUUUCGUGAAAAAAGGACAUGA